UCAAUUUGUGUCCGUCACGUUGCAGGUCGGAAGUGAUAUCGGGAAAAGAGCCGGACGAAAUCAGCUGCGACUAAUUUUAUCUAGUUUACUUAAUUCUAGCCUUCAAAAUGGCACUCAGCGAUGCAGAUGUCCAGAAACAGAUUAAGCAUAUGAUGGCCUUCAUUGAGCAGGAGGCUAAUGAAAAGGCAGAAGAAAUAGAUGCAAAGGCUGAGGAAGAAUUCAAUAUAGAGAAGGGCCGUCUGGUCCAGCAACAGCGAGUCAAGAUCAUGGAAUACUACGAGAAGAAGGAGAAACAGGUAGAACUCCAGAAAAAAAUUCAGAAUUCCAACCUCCUGAACCAGGCCAGAUUAAAGGUUCUCAAAAACAGAGAGUCUCAUUUGAAGGCCCUGUUACAAGAUGCUCAGACACAACUCUCACAGAUCACCAAGGACCGCCCUAGGUACAAGCAGGCACUUGUAGGACUAAUUGCUCAGGGACUUUAUCAGCUUCUAGAGCCCACAGUUGUCCUGCGGUGUAAACAGGAGGAUGUUGAUCUUGUGCAGGAGUGCUUGCCACUUGCAACCAAGAAGUACGAAGAUGAAAUCCAUAAACCAGUCCGAGUGACCAUUGACAAAGACAACUUCCUGGGAUCUGAUGUGUCCGGAGGCGUGGAGAUGGUGGCUCACGGCAAUAAAAUCAAAGUUGAGAACAUGAUUGAGAAUCGCCUGAAACUGAUCUUUGACCAGAUGGUACCCCACCUGAGAACUGUGCUUUACGGAAGGAAUCCUAACCGCCGAUUUACAGACUAGACAUCUGUCUCUGACCAUUCCACAUGUGAUAUUGUCAUACACAAAUAGCUACACGGACAAACCAUUAGGACAUUUGUUAAAGAUUUUAUUACGUAGAAUUUGAUUUGAUUGUAUAUCAGGGUAUGAUCUCGACUCGAGAAGAUAUACCAUAACCUGGUAGUGAUAUUUUACCUGGCUGUAUUGUGGGUGUUGAUUUCUUGUAUCAUUCUUAAUCACAGUAAAAUAUGUAGAUUGUAAGAGGUGUAGUAGUAUAAUCACCUGGCAUUAGUCAAAACAGGUGAGCUAUGUAUGAUGGUUUUGUUGUCAGGUAUUUGUUAUGUUGGACUGAUAGACCACAAAGUAUCAUGGCAUUAUCUGGAUAAAUAAUCAUGUUGUAACCAAUCCAAACUUUAGGUGAGUGAGAGUCAUUCUUUUUCCCAGUAUGACAUGCACUAAUGUGUAAAUUGGUCAACAUCCACAUUUUACUGGCAAUUUAACAUGUUUAUUCACAAAAGAUGUAAUUCUCUGAUGAUUCUCCUCUGAAAUAACUGAAAAGUUUGAAAAACUGCUAAUAGAUUAUAAGAAACAUUUGGUAUACGAUGUAUUAAUGGAAAGAAUACAAAUGUCAAGUAUAGAAAUGUAAUCAGGACAAAUGUGCUAUUUUCACAGGUUGUCGGUGUUGUGAGGUCAUAUUGGUGUUGGGUGUUAUGAGGAUGAGUAAGCAAUAAACAUUUAUGUGUGUAUACUUCAGAAAUCCAUCUUGCCCACUUUUUCAUCCCCAUUUGAAUCUGUUACGUACUUCAUCAUUGGUGGAUUAUCGGGACCUUGACAUGUAGUACAUGAUAUAACAAGCGAGUGUUUAUUGUACAGACAUCUGUGAUGUAAGUGCUGUGUAGGUAUGUAAUGUUAGCACUGUAAAGUGCUGGGGUCCGUCUUGUGUUCGUAGCUGUAUGUGAGCUGAGCUUAGAAUCAUGAUCUAUUGUAUUACAGUAAGUACAUUGAUGGACAUUUAAAUCUCUACAUUUUGUUAAUUUUUGAAAUGGUGAUUAUUAUUUAAUUCAAAUAAAUUAUGUAUACAAAUAA